UCCAAUAGCUCUGCGAACAGCGCGCUGUAGAAAUGUUAUGACGUCGUAAUUAUGAGACCGGAGUCAAAGCGCUACGAAAUAUUUCUGCGACCUGAAGUUCCCACAUGUCCUGUUCUCUGAGGCAGCUAAAAUCAAAUUGGUGACGAGCUGUCGUUUCCGCUAGAUCUGAGAAACAUUCACAUUAGGAAGCUACAGCUCCACAAGCGGAAUGAAACUGGAACUGUCUCGAGUGGUGCAGGGAUGUCGCCUGGGAGUUUUGACUGGACUGGGAAAAUCAGGGCAGCGCUCACUGGAGGUGCCCGGCUGUCUCCUGUACACUCGCUGUGCAACUGUUCCACAUUUGACCCAGGACACAUUACACACUUUGAGAGACCUGCCGUCAGUCACUCAGGUGUCAGUGGAUAGCCUUGCAGAGCAUCAUGAGGUUCUGGAGGAAUUCAAAGAGGGUGUCAGAAAGUUUGCAGGUCUUCAUGAUACUGUGCUUUUCUGCUCUCUGCAUGAUUCUGCGAACACCAGCCCCACCGGUCACGUCACCAACAAGACAGUGUCAGUGUGGGGCAGCGGUGGGAGGAUAGAGCUGACAGUGGCUCGGUUCAUGGCGAUUCAGGCAGCUAUCCAGCCGGACUGCUAUCAGAGCAUGGCAGACGGAGAGACCUGGCAGGCCGGUACCUCUCGCAAGAGAGUCCGUAAAGCAGUGGACAGGAGUCUGGCCCAUCUGGAUGAAUGUCUGGUGUUGCACCAGAAAACUCAGGAAUUAAAACAGGCUGAGAUAUUUGGAGUUGUGGAGGGUGGAGACAUUUUGGAGGAGAGGCUCCGGUCGGCACGAGAAACUGCCAAGCGUCCUGUGGGCGGAUUUGUCCUGGAUGGAUUUCAUUCUGCUGCCAUGGACCAGGAUGUGAGGGUUCAGUUGAUUAAAGUGACAUCUGCAGAGCUUCCCCAAGAAAAACCCAGGUUGGUGCUGGGGGUUGGUCGUCCUGAUGAGGUCAUCAGCUGUGUUGAAGCAGGAGUCGAUCUGUUUGAGAGCUUCUUCCCCUUCCAGGUGACGGAGCGAGGCUGUGCGCUCUCCUUUAACUUCACCAUUGAUCCCGACCCUGAGACGGCAGGUACAUCAACCCCUAGAGUGUUGGAAUUCAAUGGAGAGAUGCCUGCUGUCAAGAAGCUGAACUCAAAUGGAGAUGAAAAUGCGAUGCCUUAUGAAAUGAACCUCAAAGAUAAAAGGUAUCAAGAUGAUUUCCGCCCACUUGUGGAGGGCUGCAGCUGCUACUGCUGUAAAAAGCAUAUGAGAGCGUAUGUUCAUCAUUUACUGGUGACCAACGAGCUGCUCGGCGGUGUUUUACUGAUGCUACACAACAUGGCGCAUUACCUUGGCUUCUUCAAAGCGCUCCGGGAUGCAAUAGCCAGCGACCGUCUGCAGGACUUUAAAAAUAGAGUCCUCCAUUGCAGAGUAGGUGAUUGAAAUGAUUGAAGGACUUCAGGCAAAAAGAACGAACAAAAGAAAACCUACAUCAGAGCAUACUUAUGGCUUUGAUUUCAAAGUAUGUGUUUCAUGAAUAUAAAGCUGGAUUAUGAUGCAUGUGCUCUUGCCAUGCAAAAUAUCAGACAAAAAGUGCUAAUGUGAGUGACACAGCAAACCUUUUAAGAUUCCCAUGGCUCAUCUCAGAGUUCGCUUAUGGAUUUUAAAUUUGCCUUCUGCUCCAUCAAAGAACAGUUUCACUUAGAAGGAGCAUUAAUAAUGGUGAAAUUAUCUUUUUGAAGAGCAGCACUCGCUCAGAUUCACUCUGUAAAGCCCUGUUACCACCUGCUGUUUUGCUCAGCACAUAUUUUUUUUCCAACGAGUUACAUUUAUUUUUAGAAAAAGUGCUGCAUUUUUUUUUAUUUCUUUCUUUCAAUAAUGGUAUUGUAUAAUAUUUAUUAUUGCACAUUAUUAUUAUUAUUAUUGUAUACACUUGUGAUGUUGUUUAGAUUAAAUUAACAUUACGUUUUAAGUUUAACAUUAAGUUUGACAUUUUUUUUCUUUAAACCACAAUGCAAAUCUAGCUUUUUGACUUAAUUGUAUUGAUUUUUUUUCUGAUCUUCACAUUCCUAUUCAUAUAAUUUUUUUUUUUUUUAAUUUACAAUAAAUGCACAACUAUGAACCUUUUAGCUUUUACUAAAUUCACAAUACGGCACCUAUAGUACCUUUUGCUUUUAUAAAAGUUUAGUGUUAAAUCUGUGUAUAUUGUAGCACAGAUAAAAUGUUGUAGUGACCAGUCAGCUUCCAGGGCCAUAACUAUUUUAAAUGUUUUAUGACAGUUAUAGUUAAGGAUGCAUGAGUGAAAUUGACAGUGAGUACUGUAAUAUAUUCAUUUGGUAUUCUUUAUUCAGUGCAGUCUACAAAAUGAAUGCUAAAGUGUAAGAAAUGAAAAAAAAAAAAAAAAAUUCCAAAAGUGCAGCAAUACAUAGUUUCAUAGUUGGCCAUGUAUCAGCUAGUACUGAAAUGUAGGUGUAAAAGAGUACGGUACAGGAUAUUCUUUUAAAUACUUAAGGGAGAUUGUUAGAGUGGGAGUGUGUUAAAGAGCAGACAUGAGAAAGCCUGGGUUAGGUGCAAGCUGCUGAAAUUGGAAAUCAAAGAGGGAAUCAAUGGAAGAUGACCUGAAAUUGUUGCAAUGUUGUUAUUUAGGUAAAGCUUUGUUUUCCAAUAGUCCUUUGUUUCUCCAAAAGACUGAGAUCAUGUUUUACAGUUUACACUAUACUGUCCAAAAGUUUGGAAUAAUUCAGCUAUUUUAAUGUUUUUUAAAAAAGUCUGCAUUUAUUUGAUCAGAAAUACAGUAAAAAUAGUCAUAUUGUGAAAUAAUGCUAUUACAAUUUAAAAUAACGAUUAUCUAUUUAUAUUUUUUCAGAAUUUUCAGCAGCCAACUUCAGCAUCACAUGAUCCUUCAGAAAUCAUGCUGAUUUGGUGCUCAAGAAGCAUUUCUUAUUAUUAUCACAGUUGCUUAAUAUUUGUGUGGAAAUUGUGAUACACUAUGAAUAAAAAUUCAACUCAUCAAAACUGACAGUAAAGUCAUUUAUAGCGUUAUAAAAUAUUUCUAUUUUAAAAUCUGUUCUUUUGAACUUAAUAUUCAUUAAAGCAUCCUGAAAAGAAAGUUUCCAAUACAGUUUCCAAUAAAACACAAAACGUUUUCAACACUGGUUAUAAUAAAGGUUACACUGUGUUUUAAGGUGUUCUUGUUACAGUGCAAUUAUACAUUGAAGACUGAAGAAAUGGCUGCUGGAAUUCAGCUUUGCCUGGAAUAAAUACUUUUUUAAAUAUAUUCAAAUUGAAAACAGAUAUUGUAAUAAAAUUUCACAAUAUUAUUGUUUUUACUGUAUUUUUGAUUCACAGUAAUUAUUCAAAUGUCAAUUGUAUUUUACUCAUGAAAUACUUUUUUAUUUUUAUUUUUUACUUGCAUCUUAUAUUGUGAGCAUUAAUAUAAAUUUUUGAAAGUCUUUAUAAUGUUUACUUACAUUUUCAGUUUGAUCCCAGCUUUUUGAACCUCACUGUGUAUGCGGGGAACUCUGUGUUCCAUUUUAAAAGCUGCAGAGCAACUUUCCCAGCAGGUGAGUUCCUCCCCACGUUUUAGCCAGUUACCUUUUCUGAAGAGCCAGGAGAGAUCAUUAAAAAGAAAGGUUUGAACUGCUUGAUGACUUUCUACUGCUAGUCCCUGCACUUGAUUUUGACUUCACUUUUAUCCCAAACCAGCUUCCACUCAUCACAUGGGCUUUAUCUCUGUAACUCGGGUUUGAGUCAAAAGUCAAUUACGAAAAUGUGUAAUGUGUUUUUUCUAAGCAAUAACAGUGGGAAUGUUCAGGGAAAAAUAUGGCCAAGUCUUUGAAAUUGACUCUCAAUAACAGAGAAGUAUUCACUGGAGAAAAAGUGUGACAACUAGCCCAAGUCUCCCCUAUUAAUCAUAAACUAGACGUUCAGCUUUUAAGCUUUGCGUAAUUCUCUUUUUUUAAAUCAUUGAAAGCAAUGUUUCAAGAUUUACUUUUUGCCUCUUCUCUGAUGAACCUUGUCUACUUGUACCUUCUGAUGUCUUUUUAAUCAUUUUUUUUAUAUAUAAUUUUGUGACCCAUUUUGUGUCUGAAAUGACUUUGAAAAGCUGUACUUGAGAAACCCUACACAAUUUCUUUUUAGAUUUACUGCUUGAUUGCAAUGGCUUCUCUAUGUCUUUGUUGCGACCCAAGGUUAUAUUUCCUGAAAAAUGUUGCUCUUUUAAGGGUCGUUCAAGUAUGGACAAUGUAUAAAUGAAGAGGGGUGAGAGUAUUAG